UGAGAACAUGGCGGACGUUGCGUCGUUACAGUUCUCUAGCACAAUUUCGUAUGAACAACGGUUCAACUGCGUUAUCUGCUGGGCUCCGAACCUAAGAAUGAUUUACGGAUCUUGCCAGCAUCGUUUGUGUGAAAAUUGUUUGUACGACAAAUUAGGGAACAGGAAAGUUGGGCUAGAAAGAUGUCCAACCUGCCAACGAGAGAAUACCUUCCCGCUGACAAAACCAGAUAUACCCGAGGAUAAUGUGGAAAUUCAAGCUCAGCUAGGCGUGAGAAAGUGUCCAAACAGUCUUUGUAACCUGCAGAUGUGGCGCUGGGAAGUACCGGGUCACUUAGAAAAAUGCCAGGUCUUGCCCAAGUCACAGUCCAAGGAAAGGAAAAGGAAAGGUGCAGAUGAUUCACUUGAUGGUUUUGAAAGAAAGACCCCCAUGGCACUGAGAAGUCACACAAGAAAAUCACCUAAACUUUUUUCUGAUAAAAGAUUGAUUAGAGCAAAGACAAGAACUGGGCGCAGAAGAUUCAAUCGCCAUUCACAAAAUAGGAUGUAAAAAAAUCACACCAAAUAGGCUUCAUGUAAUGAUCUUGUACAUAGAUAUUGUAGGAUAACUUAACUAAAUGUUCUCCAUGAAUUUUUAUGGAAAACUUACAUACAUACAUACAUACAUACAUACACACAUUUUAUUGUGUUUUGGGAUAAAAGUACAGUAACAUGCCCGUGGGUAGCUAAGCUAAUUUAGGCAGGUCAUGUUUACAGGAAGUAGAUACAACGAAGUACAGCUAAAAGUAACAAGAGAACUAAAAAGCUAGAAUUGACAACAUUGAUUAGAGACUACUGAUAAACUAAUGAUAUUACUAAUAAUAAAUGACAAAAGUCUUGACUGGAGAUUACUGAUGCAUUAAACGAUAUAAUUGAAUACAUAUUAACUGAUCAAUCAAGAGGAAGAUAAUUUCAACUUAACUUUUUGAACGAUUUCUGGAAGAUCAAUGUAACAAUCUUCUGAAGCUAGGAUCUCAAAAAGUGUUUGUUUUAUUUUCCUCUUGAAGACAUUUUUUGAAAGUUUUCUAAAAGAUACAGGCAUUUCAUUCCAUAUUUUUGUUCGGAUUCUAGAAAAUGAAUUCACUUGAAUUGAGAGUUUGGAACUUUGUACGUAAAAGUUGUUAGAGGCAGAGGAUCGAGUAUUAUAAAAAUGAAUAUCAGAGACAUCUCGAAAAAGAUUUUGAAUGUUUCCAGGAGCAUUACUGUAUCUUAUUUCAAACAUAAGGUUAGCUAAAUGCUCAUAAUACAAAAAUUUUAACGGUAAGACACCGGUGUCGAUAACUAAAGGAAUUGCAUGCUGAUUUUGCUCUGAGAAAUAGAUAAAGCGAAGAGCUCGCUUUUGAAACUUGAGAAGCUUUUCAAGGUACGAUUUAUAUGCUUGACCCCAGGCCGUCAAACCAUAGGUUAAAUAAGGAGCAACAAGGGAUCCAUAAAUAGAAGAGUAUGUCUUGGCAGAAAAUACCAUAGUUUACAGAUCAAUCCUACAGUUUGACUCAUUUUAAUAGCUACGUGGUCAAGAUGAUGUUUCCAGGAAAGGUCAUUGUCAAUUAUUAUACCUAGAUAUCUCACAAAUUCCUUACAUUCUAGAGCCACAUUCUUAUUUUGAUCAUUGUCGAAUACCAUUAUUUUGGGGUGAUAGGUAAGUUUUCUCUGAGUCGGUCUAAAAAUUACGAAAUUUGUUUUUUUAAUAUUCAAGGUUAGUUUAUUGGCAGUUAACCAAUGGAACAACUUACAGAGCUCCUGAUUUACAGUCGACUCAAGGGACUUGAGAUUUUUGUGAGCAUAUACAGCGUUCCUGUCAGCAGCAAAUAAAAAGAUUCAGAAGAUUCUUGGAUAUUGUUGAUAUAGAUUAAAAAGAGUAUUGGGCCUAGGACAGAACCUUGCGGCACACUGCAAGUGGUAUUUUUUCGUUUAGAUAUAGAGGAACCAAUUUGUGUUGUUUGAGUUCGACCUUCUAAGUAAGACGAGAACCAUUUAUUUAUAACACCACGAAAAUCAUAGUGAUCUAGCUUGUGCAAAAGAAUUUUAUGAUUGACUGUAUCAAAAGCCUUUUUCAGUUCAAUAAAUACACCACAUGAGAACAAGCACUAGCCCAUGUUUUCCUGGAUGGUACUUACAAUGUCAAGAAUUGCAUGUUGAGUUGAGUGCGCUUUGCGGAAGCCAUAUUGAGAUGAAGAAAGUAUGUCAUUUUGCUCAAUGAAAGAUUCCAUUCUAGAGAAGAUCACUUUUUCGAAGAUCCUAUUAAAGUUAGAUGGCAAAGAAAUAGGCCUAUAGUUGUUUGUGAUAGUGUUAUCUUCAGCUUUAAAGAUAGGAAUAAUUUUUCCCAUUUUUAGUUUAGUGGGAUACAUCCCAGUCGAAAUAGAAAGAUUUAUUAUAUUUGUGAGAAUACAGCUGACAACAUUUGACGAGUACUUCAACAGUUGAGUGAGACAUGAGUUUAAGUUUAGGUUUAAGUUUA